CCAGGACCUCCAAUUUAAAACAUAAGAAGACUUAUUUUUUUCUUCUAUUCUUCAUUUUAACGCACAGGUUGAUUUGACAGUGAAAUGGCGCAGCCUUCAUUACGCACAUUUCUAUUUUUGGUCCCGUUGCUUUCGGGGGGUCUCUGGGUAAGCGGUAGCCCUCCGGGUUGCGCGUCCUGCGGCUCCCGGUCCCUGGGGAGGGACGCGGAGGAGAGGCUGAUGGUGGAGAUCGCCAAGCAGCAACUUUUGGACAAGCUGCACCUGAAAGAGAGACCCAGGAUCUCUCAGACUGUGCCCCGUGCGGCGCUGCUCACUGCGCUGCGCAAAUUGCACUCCGGGCGCGUCAAGCAGGACGGUACCCUCGAACUAGACAACAAUGCGCUAUCCAAAGACCAAGGCUAUGAAAUAGUCAGCUUUGCCGAUAUAAAUGAAAGUGGGAAUGGGGAUGAAGCAAAUCUCAGCCUUACCUUCCAGUUCCUUCAAGAACAUGGUCGCAGCCUCCAGGUGCUGCAGUCCUCCCUUUGGAUCUACGUCCGCUCCUCCAAGUCGCCCGACCAAGUCCCAGCGCAAGUCUUCCUCACGGCAGACGGUGGAGAGUCGAACCGGACCUUAGUUAUAGAAAAGAUGCUGGAGGUCCAGGAGAGUAACUGGCACACCUUCCCCAUCAGCCGCACCCUCCAGACCUUCCUGGAUGGCGGUCAGAAGCGACUCCAUCUGGAGGUGCGCUGCGACGAGGAUGGGAAAAAUCUUUGCUCCCUGGAAAACUCUCCCAAGACCUCGUAUCAGCCCUUCCUGAUGGCCCAGGUGCGUCCCCGCGACAACCCCGCCAAGCACUUGCUCAGAAAACGCUCCUUGCGGUGUGGCGACGACAUCACCGUGUGCUGCAAGAAAGAAUUGUACAUCAAGUUUAAGGACAUCCAGUGGCACGACUGGAUCAUCGCACCUGAGGGCUACCACAUGAACUAUUGCGUGGGGCAGUGCCCCCAGCAUCUGGCCGGAUCUCCCGGUAUCGCCUCGUCCUUCCAUGCCACCGUCUUGAGCCAGCUGAAGGUCAACGGUAUUAACACGGCCGCGUCUUCGUGUUGCGUCCCCACGGAACGGCAGCCUCUGUCCAUGGUGUACUUCAACUCUCAGCACAGUAUCAUCAAAACCGACGUGCCUGACAUGAUUGUGGAGUCCUGUGGAUGCACAUAAUAGGAGUUUGUAGCAAUGUGUAGAUUUGUUCUCAUGCAGCAGUCCUAGAGUAUUGUAUGUGUAGUACAGGUGGCCACAAAUGGCUUGCCCGUGGCUCCAAAAUACUGGCUAAUACAAUGACAUCAUUUUUCAAGUUAAAGUUGACAAAUUACAGGCGCUUAUGCAAUGGAAUGCAUCAGGAAUGGCAAUGAAGAGA